UCGCACACAUUCAGACUCAGUUCCGAGCAGAAGAGCACCUGAAACAUACUCCUGGUCUUCUAUUUCCUUCUUCAUUUCAUAGAUCGAAUGUGUUCUUCAUCGUCUUCCUCUUCUUCAUCUUCUCAAGAUGAAACCCUAACCCUAAUUCCAGGCCUACCAUUCGACAUCUCUUCGCUGAUCCUCACCUUCAUCCCAUACUGUCACCACCCCCGCCUCAGAGCAAUUUGCAAAUCAUGGAGAUCGUUCUUUUCCUUGAAAAACCUACUUUCUCGCAGGCGAGUCUUGCUCCCAAACUCAACGCUCUCCCACCUCCUCUGCAUCUUUCCUCAGGACCCCUCACUCUCCCGACCCUACCUCUUUGACCCUCGCCACUUGGCCUGGUGUCCUCUUCCUCCCAUGCCCUGCAACCCCCAUGUCUAUGGCCUCUCCAAUUUCAUCUCCGUCUCCAUUGGUCCUCACCUCUACGUCAUCGGUGGCUCUCUCUUCGACACCCGAUCCUUCCCAAUCGAUCGUCCUUCCCCUUCUUCCGCCAUUUUCCGCUUAGAUGUCUCUACUUCGUCCUGGGAUCGACUCUCUCCAAUGCUCUCCCCUCGGGGUAGCUUCGCAUGCGCUGCGAUCCCCAAUUCGGGUCAGAUUCUGGUCGCUGGAGGGGGCUCGCGGCACGCUAUGUUUGGGGCUGCUGGUAGUCGGAUGAGUUCGGUGGAGAGGUACGAUGUGGAGAAGAAUGAAUGGGUUGCGUUGGAUGGGUUGCCGAGGUUUCGGGCUGGGUGCGUUGGAUUCUUGGUUGGAAGUGCGGAGGAGAGGGAGUUUUGGGUGAUGGGUGGGUAUGGGCAGUCGAGGACGAUUUCGGGUGUGUUUCCGGUGGAUGAGUAUUACAAGGAUGGGGUCGUUUUGGAGUUGAAAAAUGGUGGGAAAUGGAGGGAGAUUGGAGAUAUGUGGGAGGAAGGUGAGAGGGGCCGUCUUGGCAAUGUUGUUGUUGUUGAGGGCGAGGAAGGGCAAGUUCCUGGCGUUUUUAUGCUCGAUGGAACUGAUAUAUUCAGGUAUGAUAUCUCUUUGAACCGAUGGAGGAAGGAAUCAAGUGUACCAAGAAAAGCUGCUCUGGGCUCUUCAUUUGGUUUUGUUGCACUGGAUGGAGAGUUGCAUGUGAUGUCUACUUCAGUUGAUUCUGUUGAAAUCCGAAAUCCUCGACUGCAGAAGAGGGCAAGUACACUAUAUGUCCAGAUCCAGAUCUACCAUCCAAAAAGGAGAACAUGGAGAUUCAUGACAACGAGACCACCAUUGCAGUGUUCAUUGAAUUUCAAAACUGCAGUGAUGUGUACUGUCCGAUUGUAGUGGUAUACAUCUGCUUUAUUUUUAUUUAACAUGAAAUAUUAUUAUCUUUGUAAGUUUUGCUUAUAUCAAAUUCAUUUCUGUCGUGUUAGUAUAUGUACGUAUUUUCUAAUAUGCAGCUUAAUGUGGCCUUUGAUCGUUACCUUUAUAGGGCAUGAAUCUGUAAAUUGUGGGUGUAUGUAAAUGCUAUAGUUGUUUUUUUAAUUGUACAAGAGAACUUUGUGUAUAAGCUAAGAAAUAAUAAAGUUGUUAUUCAUUUUGUA